AUGCAAGUUCUUUUCUUAAGUAUUUUAAUAUUUACUGCUUUUGCUGGAUAUGGGGUUGAUAUCGCAGAGCCUAUUAGCGUUAGCUCAAUCAACUGUCUGAGAAAUAUUGGAUUUAACUCCUUUUUCAUUUUUAGAUGCUGGAGAAGUCUUGGAUCAUGGGAUCCAAAUGCUAAAGGAAUUAAUAACAACGCCCUCUCUGCUGGUUUUGAUGCACACAAUAUUGACGCAUACUUUUAUCCAUGCAUUUCAUGUGGUGAUCCUGCUGGACAAGUAAACUCAUUUUGGAAUCAAGUAGUUGCUAAUGACAUGAAGUUCGAGAGGGUUUGGUUUGAUGUUGAAGGAUAUUGGAAUGAUGAAGAAUCGAACAAACAAUUCUUUGAAACAAUGAUUAACCAACAAAGAGCAAUUGGAUUUAAGGCGGGUAUUUAUACUAAUUAUAAUAAUUGGGAUCAAAUCUUUGGACUUGAUUAUACUUUUGAGUAUGCUGAUGAAUAUCCUCUAUGGUAUGCUCAUUAUGAUAGUUGGGAUAGUUUUGGUGAUUUUACUCCAUUUGGUGGUUGGAGUCGUCCAACAAUGAAACAAUACAAUGGAGAUAUGACUACAUGUUCACAUGACGUUGAUUAUAAUUACAAGCCAUGA